CUAGGAACGGUUAAAUCUUGUAAAUUGGGGGCUGUAACUGAAAAAUACGUAUUACAGAUGUGCCAGUAUUAAAAACAUGAAAAAUAAACUAAUUGAAUGAAUGAGUAAUUUGUCAUUGGCUUGGAAAUGAAGGCCUAGUGGAGAAUGUGAUUGAAACUUUACGGCAACAAACAAGACUUGGCCAUGUUGCCUGACAUGGCUGAAACUUUCGCCAUCAUCAUCCAUUCCAAGGCUUGUUUGAGAGGAAAAGUAGCAUAGGCCUACAUUAAGGCCGAAGUUACUUCUACUACUUGAAAGUACUGCUAGCCUACUGCAUGGAAGCUGAAAAAUUCUUGCCCAAAUGCUAAGACUACAUUGACUUCGGCACUGUAUCUUGGAAAGUGGAGGGCAGUCUAAGUGCCAUCAUUAAACUACUGUGUUGAACAUUGUGACAGCUUCUGAUCAGCUGCGUGAAGCUGCCUAACAAAGCCAUCAUGUCCAUGUCCACACCAAAAGCUACCGUGCAGGGUACUGGCCAAGCACCAGCAUCCCAAACUGCAUCACGCCCUACAGUCACACGGACCGUAGUCACUGCGACAGGAACAGCUAGCAUCCCCAAGAUGACGCCUCAGUACGGCAUAUCCCCACUCAUCAGUGACAGCUUGACGAAGAGACGCAGCUCCUCGCGUUCCAUCAAGCGCAAGAAGUUUGACGAUGAGCUUGUGGAGAGCAGCUUACUGAAGACUUCCAAGGGCAAGGUGUCAUCAACGACUUCUCCGUCAGGCCAGCCACCGCCUGUCGAGAAAGAGGAGAAGAAGGAGAAGGAGAAGGAGAUUGUGAAGCCCCCUGUCCACCACCCACCUGUCACAGAAAGGAGAAAGCAGGUUGCCUCACGUCCAUCCACCUCCCAAACUCACCGGCCACCUUCCUCACACAGACCCUCCUCUUCCAGCCGGCGGUCCAAGAAGCCCAAGUCCCUUCUCUCCCUCACCAAGGAUCACGGACGGUGGAAACCCCAGGAUGACCUCCUACUGAUCAGUGCAGUGCAGCAGACCAAUGAUUUGGAGACCGUUUACCAGGGGGUGAAGUUCUCCUGUCGAUUCACACUGAAGGAGGUUGAGGAGAGAUGGUACGCACUGCUGUACGACCCCGCCAUCUCAAAGUUAUCCCAGCAAGCCAUGCGGGCAUUGCAUCCAGAGGUUAAGGCUUUCGUUCUCAGCAAAGCCAUCUACAGCGAGGAUGAAGAGAAUCUGCUCGGCACAGUCACUUCCACUAGUCAACCAACUGUUGAGACGUUUCAAGAAUUAAUUACCAAGAGCCCCACAUCCUUCCAUCCGGCCAGAACGGCCAAAGCUCUCUACACUCACUGGCUGCUCAUGAAGCAGUACCACCUCCUGCCUGACCAAUCAGUUCAGCCAAUGCCGAGGGGUGAUCACGUGCUCAACUUCUCAGAUGCUGAAGAUAUGCUGGACGAUACCCAACUCCAGGAUCAGAGAGAUGACAUUCUUGAACAUGAGUUGUCGGUGUUUGAUCGGAGGCAGAAGCGGGAAAUCCGAAACCUGGAGAAUGAGAUUGUCAAGUGGCAGUACCUGGUGGAUAGUGUCACGGGAAUGACAUCACCAGCAUUUGAUAAUCAGACAUUAGCCGUGCUCAGGGGUCGUCUGGUCAGAUAUCUCAUGAGGUCAAAUGAGAUCACCAUCGGCCGUUCCACGUCAGACUCCACAGUGGAUGUGGACCUGUCAUUGGAAGGGCCAGCCUGGAAGGUGUCGCGGCGCCAGGGCCUGAUCAAGCUCCGGAACAACGGGGAGUUCUACGUGGCCAACGAGGGCAAGCGGGCUAUCCACGUGGACGGCAAGGCCAUCAUCAAAGGGAUGAAGAGCAAGCUCAACAACAACUCGGUGGUGGAGAUUGCUGGUCUGCGAUUCAUCUUCCUGAUCAACCAGGAGCUGAUCAACGCCUUCAAAAAUGAAUCCAUCAAAGGAAGUGCCUGAUCCCGCUUUCUCUUCCCAUGCCGAUUUGAUUAGAGUCAUUGACUAUUGUGUCCGCUUCCAGGGAAGCCACUCUAGCCUACCAGCAAGUUGUUGGGGUGGAAUUUUAAGAGGGAAAAAUGAGGCAGAAAUGUCACUUGUUUUGGUGGUAACGUGCAACAUCUUAUGUUUGAAAUGACUGUCGUGAGAAAAAAAUAUUGCAACAUCAGCAUGUGCAGUUGGUCAGUUUAUGAAGAUGGCGACACUAUGGGCAGCCAGUUCGGAGGAUAUUUUCAGACCCUUCAUUUUUUUUUGGAAGACUCCAAGCUCUAGGUUUUUCCAGAACUUGCAACUUUGAAAUUUGAUUGGAAUUUUUCUGACAACACAUUUUUAUCACGUUUUUUCCAGUGGCCUUUUCGUAGUCUGCGGCUGUCCACUGAAGGUCUAAAAUGUUCAAAAAAGCAAAAUGAAUGUGACAGUUUUAUGGAAAUGACAGCAUUUUUUUCUUGGGAGGACAGUGUCUGGUUUUCUAACACCAGUUCCCGGGUACACCAGAGAACUGAUAUUGCUUACACCUUCCCUGUCCUUUGAGUUUUGUGUACAUUUGUAUUGUAGACAUGCAUAUGUGUUCCACUGCUCCUGUUCUUGUAGAGACAGAAUUAAACGUAAAGCAAGCUGUUUGCCAGGAAUGAUA